GCGCACACACACCAGCUCUCUCUCUCUCUCUCUCUCUCUCUCUCUCUCUCUCUCUCUCUCUCUCUCUCUUCGCCGCAGCGCAGCCACCCUCACUUGUCGCGGCCGCACGGACAUGGCCUCCACCUCUUCCUGCCUCGCCUCGCCGGCCACGGCGGCGGCGGCGCCCCGGCUGCGGGUGCGGGUGACGCCGAGGGCGGGGCGGGUGGUGGCGUGCUCGGCCGGGGGUGGCGGCGGGCCGGAGGCGGCGGGGCUGUUUGCCGGUGAGCGCAAGGCGGUGGGCGGGCUUGCGUGCGGCGUCCUCGCGGCCUGGGCCGUCGCGUCCUCGUCCAGCCCCGUGAUUGCCGCCAGCCAGAGGUUGCCUCCACUGUCCACAGAGCCAAACAGAUGCGAGCGUGCUUUUGUCGGGAACACAAUUGGUCAGGCAAAUGGGGUGUAUGACAAGCCACUCGAUCUCCGGUUUUGCGAUUACACAAACGAGAAAACUAAUCUGAAAGGAAAAUCUCUAGCUGCAGCCUUGAUGUCCGAUUCAAAGUUUGAUGGGGCCGACAUGUCUGAAGUUGUGAUGUCCAAAGCUUAUGCUGUGGGGGCAAGCUUCAAAGGAACGGAUUUCACAAAUGCAGUAAUAGACCGUGUCAAUUUUGAGAAGGCCGAUCUCCAAGGGGCAAUCUUCAGGAACACCGUCUUGUCAGGAUCAACCUUCGAUGACGCUAAAAUGCAGGACGUCGUGUUUGAGGACACGAUAAUCGGCUACAUUGACCUUCAGAAGCUAUGCACCAACACUUCCAUCAGCGCAGACUCAAGAUUAGAGCUGGGCUGCAGAUGAUCCACCCAAAUUCCCACCUUUCUAUAACCGUUUAUGUCAAUGUUAACAGUGUUUCGAUGAUUAAGUCAAGCCUGUUUAUAGAGCCGACAUGAAUCCUUUUCUUCGAUAUGUAUCUACAAACCUCUGCACAACUUUUCUUCCAUAUAUGUAGUAUUUACAAACCUCUGUACAUCACACAUAUUCGGCAUGCAAUCAAAUGCACUACAAGCCA